AUGAAAACGCAAAACAUUAAGCUCGUCUGCCAGCAAGUUUGCAGCAUGGAACAACUCAACUCUUCUGUUGUCCUUUCUAACAUCUCCUCCUCUCCUGGACAUCCAUAUCCUGUCUCCUGGGUCUCCAGGGGUCUCAUCCCUGCAAUGGUGCUGUUACUCUGCUUCCUGCUGGGAUUUCCUGGAAACAUCGCUGUGAUCAUCCUCAGACCAAACUGGCAGCACCUGUCCACUCUGAGCCAGCGUUUGAUGCUGAAUUUGGCCAUAUCAGACCUGCUCUGCCUGCUCACCCUGCCGCUGUGGAUUUACACUUUACUGUACAGCUGGACCCUCGGCCUGGUGACCUGUAAGCUCCUGGCGUAUCUCAUUUACUGCAGCGUUUACAGUAGCCUGCUGACUGUGACGGCGCUGAGUGUCCAGCGCUACCUACAGGUGGUGUACCCACAGAGGUGCUUCAGUCAGGUAGGAAGGAGGAGACUGCUGGUUCUGCUCUGGCUGGUUGCGAUGAUCCUGUCCAUCCCAGCUUUAGUGGUUCGACAGCUGACCACAUACCAGAACUGGACAUCCUAUAAACCUCACUUCUCUUCCCCGGGCCAGCAGAUAUCCGUCCUAUUGGCAGAGACUCUGCCGGGAUUUGUUUCAAUUAUUGUCGUGGUAUUUGCAUACAGCGGCCUCCACAGAAAAGUGAACCAGGCGGUUUUCUUCAACAACCCACAGACGACCCGGCUGGUCACACGUAUCGUCGUGGUAUUUUUUGUCCUGUGGGUGCCAUAUCAUAUCGUAAAUGUUCUUGGUGUGGCAGCAAUCUCGCUCAAAAACGACGGCCUGUUGAAGUUCUGCAUGGCCAGCUGGAACAUUGUUGGAGCACUGAUAUUUGUGAAUAGCUGCCUGAAUCCACUCCUUUAUGCGUUUGCUUCUAGAAACAUGUGCACUGUGUGCCGAAAAAGGGAACAUACUGUUAAUGCAGAAGCGCAGUUGCAGGAAGUCUAAUCAUUUGAUAUAGUAUGAUCGAUGAUGAUUUUUGUUCUUGUGGAACAAAAUUGUGUUUUUAGUCAAAGAUCUCAUGCUGAUAAGCACUUUGAGGGUGUGGUUCUUUGAUUUGUCACAGAGAGCUGCACAAGAUUUGCAGUUUAAUGGUGAUUUAUGAGGUUAUGCAAAGUCUCCCCUCAAAUUCAACUGUGUGCUGAUUAUAACUGGUCCUCAGCCAGAGCUGUAAAAAUAGAUAUAAUAGAAAGAUUAUCAAAAAAGAGUUGAUGCUCUAAAUGGAUUAUGGAAACACCUUUGCCAAAUAAAUUCUGACGUAGCGAACAUUUAACUCACAUGACUGAUCAGCUGUUUCCGCUGUCGGCGCCUUCUCAGAUAUUCCAAUAAUGUGUCAAUGCUUGUCUUCGUCUCCAGACAACAUGAAACAUGAUCAAUACUAGCUGACAUGAAAGAACAAUUAAAACUUGACCAAUUGAAACAAAUUCCUGAAGACCUCUCUCCAUUUUUCUCUCGUAGAUGGUUAGACGGAAGGCUGACUUGUUUCGUUUCCAGUUCGCAA